AUGGCCAUCAUCAGUGGCACCCGGCAGAUUCCCCUGGGUAACAGCCACUUUUCUCUGACAAUACAGGUCAGUUCACUUGUGGCUCAAGUGAUCAAGGACUAUCAGACUGGACCCCUGCCCGACAUCGUGCUUUCGUGCUCCAAGGAGCUAUUGCAUGUCUGUGGCAUGACUCCCCAGGUCUGGCCCAACUGGCAUAGCAUUGGGUAUGACAAUCCCCAUCUCUUGAAGCACAUCUGGUGCCCCAAGCUCCUUGCCUGGGAGGCCUUAGGUGACCAUACCUUUGAUCUCCCAGUUGCUGCUCCUCCCUCCACAGGUCUGAUUCCAGUGGACCUUCCCUUCCCACCCAUUCACACCAGCAAUGUCACUGGUCCCUCCACCAGCACCACCACCAAAUUCUGGGACAAGGGGAAAGGUAAGGCCAUUGAUGCUGACCCGGAGCCUAAGGUGGAAGGGAGUCAGAAGAGGAAGUCUCUCAUGAUUUUGGCACUCUCUUCCCAACUGCUGAAGUCUGUGAUGAAGACUUGCAAGCAUGCAAAGUUGUCUCACUGGGUAAAGUCCAAGCCCCUAGUGGACUUGGAAGAUGAGGAAGACAUGAGUAUUCAGCCAUUUUCUGGUGGAGUGCUGGACAUCAUCCUUCCCCAGCUCUCCAAUUCGCCUAGAUCACCCCAGGUUCUGACCAAAAAGCCCUUUGGCCCUGCUACAGUGAUUGCCAGCAGUCACCCAGCAGUCAUCAAGCCUUCCCAGCCAACUCCUGAAAGCUCAGUGGAGGCACCCCCAGUCAUUGAUGGAGGUGAUAUCCCCAUUCCUGGACCAGUGAAACAACCCAUGCCAGGUUUGCACCAAGCUAAACUGGCCCUGCACAACUUGGUUGGACAAGAGGACUGGGAAUCUGUGUAUGUCAUGCAUCUGCUGCACAACAAAGAAGAUCAAAACAUGAGGUCCAGGACACCCUCCAAGGCUCCCUCCAAAGCUCCCCCUGCCUCCCAAUCCAAGGCCCAAACUUGCACACUUCUGUCUUUGAGUUCAGCAGUCCCUGCUGCAGCACUCGACCUGCCCAUGCCGGAUCUCCAUGCCAUGGCAAUUGCAAUUUUGGAUGGCACAGCUUGCAUUGCCAUUCUCAAGGCUCAUGUGGCAGAGCAGGAUGGUAAGAUUAACACCUUGCAACACCUCCAUGAAGGCCUUAGGCACAAAAUCAUCGACCAGCACCCUGCAUUCCCAAUUCCUGAACCUCUGGCCAAUGCAAUAUCCUUGUUGCUUGAUCAAUCUGUCCCCCCAUCCAUGUCACCAUCUGCAUCUGCACUUCCUCCUCUCAUUGAUCUCUCAAUUGGAGAGAUAAUGCCCACACCCCCAAAAUUCAAGGAUGCCUCUGCCAUUGAGGGCCUCCUGUUUGAGUACAACUGGGUUGUUCAACCAGAGGUUCCAGAUACAUCUGGUGAAAUUGUGGACCUGGGUGAUCCAGGUAACCUGGUCCCAGAAUAUGAUUCUUCUGAUGACAUGGAUGUUGAGGUGAAGGUUGAAGUGUCUUCUGAGGAGGUUGACAUGGCUACAUAA